AUGGGACGAGUGAACAAUGUGACAGAAUUUAUCCUGCUCGGCUUGACACAGAAUGCAGAUGUGCAGAAAUUCUUGUUUGCUGUAUUUACAGUCAUCUACCUCCUCACCCUAGCAGGCAACCUACUCAUUGUAGUGACCAUUACCACCAGCCCAUUGUUGGGUUCCCCCAUGUAUUUUUUUCUUUCUUUCCUAUCAAUCACAGAUGGUUGCUGCUCUUCUGCUAUGGCCCCUAAAAUGAUUUUUGACUUACUGGCUGAAAGGAAGUCCAUUUCUUUCAGUGGGUGCAUGACUCAGCUUUUUGCAGAACAUUUCUUUGCAGGAGUGGAGAUCAUCCUGCUCACGGUUAUGGCCUAUGAUCGCUAUGUGGCCAUUUGCAAACCUCUGCACUACAUGAUCACAAUGAACAGACAGGUGUGUGGCUUUCUGGUGGCCCUGGCCUGGGCUGGAGGAUUUCUUCAUGCUCUGAUUCAAGUUCUUUUUAUAGUUUGGUUGCCCUUCUGUGGUCCCAAUGUGAUCGACCAUUUCAUCUGUGAUCUUAUCCCUUUGCUGAAGCUCGCCUGCACUGACACACACAUCUUUGGAUUUCUUGUUACUGCCAACAGUGGAGUGAUGUGUAUUUUAAUUUUCUCUAUUCUUAUCACCUCCUAUGUUCUCAUUCUUUGGUCCCUAAGAACUCAAAGCUCUGAAGGACAGAGAAAGGCUCUUUCCACCUGUGCCUCCCAUAUUACUGUAAUCGUGUUAUUUUUUGCACCCUGUAUAUUUGUGUAUGUUCGACCCAUAACCACCUUUUCCAUUGAUAAAGCAGUGGCCGUGUUUUAUACUCUGGUCACACCCUUGUUAAACCCUUUAAUCUACACCCUUAGGAAUGCAGAGGUAAAAAAUGCAGUGAAAAAGCUCUGGAGUCACAGAGUGAUCUUAGGUAAAGAAUCAGGUGAAUAG